CCCCGCCUCCUCCUGCAGGCUGUGGCCGGGGAAAGCUUCAGGGAAUCAGGAUGCAGUCAGCUCCAAGUGUCGGUUCGACGAAGACCUCGGACGGGACGGUCCAGCCCAGAGAUCAUGCUCAGAACCCCGGGCAGCGGGUGAACCGAGCCGGCAUGGACUAACCGGGGCGGAGGGGGUCCCGCUCCAGUCCAGGCAGGUGGCGCCAUGGCAGCGCGGCUCCUGGACCGCCUGAAGCGCUCUCUGUUUAAGGACGGCCAGGGAGCGGAGCAGGAGGCGGGAGGCGGACCGGAGGAGGAGGGCCUCACCAAGGAGUGGUGGGAGGCGGAGCUGGAGGAGGAGGAGGAGUGCGUGACGGAGCGCCUCAGGGGAACGCUGUGCUUCCACGGCGGAGAGUUGGGACCCGAGGAAGGAGGCGAGGACAGCGACUCGGACUUCCUGGGGGAGUCGAUGGAGGAGGGCCUCAGCAGCACAGAUGCCAGCCCGGUGGGCGUGUCCCCGGUUGGCCCCGCCCCCUCCUCCAUGCUGACGCGGCAGCUUCAGGACAGCUGGAGGAGCCUGCGUGGGCUGGGAGGGGCGGGCCACGGCGUGCGGCGGCAGGCGGACGGCCUGAUGUUCGAGGUGACGGACGCCAGCGUGGUGACGGACGGCGGCUCUAAAUACGUGCUCUACACCGUCCACGUGAUCCAGUCCGGCGGCAGCGACAAGACCCCCGCCGUCAUCACGCGCCGCUACUCCGACUUCCAGCGGCUCCACGCCACCCUGAGGCGUAACCACGGCGACCAGAUGGAGCGCGUCUCCUUCCCACGGAAGAAGCUGCGCAGGAACUUCACGGCUGAGACCAUCGCCAAACGCAGCCGCGCCUUCGAGCAGUACCUGUCUCACCUGUGUUCCCUGCCCGUCCUGCGGGGGGCGCCCUGCGUGCGGCAGUUCUUCUACCUGAGCGACCUGCAGGACGCCCAGCUGCUCAUCAGGGCCGGCCGGUUCCAGGAGGCUCUGGGUCCGCUGCUCAACGCCAAGAGGCUGCAGCACAAGCUGGGCUGGGCGGGUCACCGUGACGACGAGACGCAGGCCCCGCCUCCGGGCUCCUCCCAUUGGUUCUUCACCUUGGUGGGGCUGCAGUGCUGCUUCCAGGAGGUGGAGCAGCUGGAGGAGGCCUGGGAGCACUGCGACCACGCCCUCCGUGUGCUCGUCCCCGCCGAGACCCAGACCGGGCCGGAGAUCAAGCCCCUCCCCCCGCAGGACAAGCCCCUCCCCCCGCAGGACAAGCCCCUCCCCCCGCAGCCGGACGCGCCCCACUCCCUGCUGCUGCCGCUGCUGCAGGCGGGGGUCCGGCUGUCGUGGCAGACGGGAAGAGACAAGCAGCGGUGGGAGGAGCAUCUGCAGCAGCUGGAGGAGCGGCAGGCGGCGCCGGACGACCGCGGGUCGGUCCGGGACUUCCUGCUCAGACACAAGCUGCAGGGCAGCGGGGACGGCUGAAGCUGCGCAGCGUGAUACGAGCAGACCGGAGGCUUUUCAGAAUAAAAGCCCGAUAUCUGCGGGGAGACCAGGUUAAAGACCCGAUCGGACCUGACCACCUGGUUCUGAUUGGAGAAGCCAAGGCUGGAAUGGUUUCCUCUGAGAUGUCCGGUUUUAUUCUGAAGUUCUGUUUAGCUCUCCUCUGGCCGAGUAGAACUCUGCAUCAGAACCACCUGACGCUGCCUGGGCGGUUCUGCAGAGACCCGAAGGACCGCUGGUUCCGGGUUGUUCACCGGGAAACUUGCACAGGAAAAAUAAAAGCAAUCAAACAGUUUACGGUUCUGUUGAGGAGUAAAUCUGAAGGGUUCUCCUCAGACGGCGCUGGUCCGGCCCAACAGGAAGUCUGGGAGCUGAAGGUCAGCUGUAGAGCUGUAGAGCGCCCCCCGGUGGAGAAAGCAGCGUUACAUGAAGCGUUACAAUCAGACCUGCUGGUCGUCAGGCUCCAUCAGCUUCCACCUGGUGGAGCCUGACGUCCAGCAGGUCGUUUCCACCUUUAAGGCUGGAAGGCCUGGCGGAGCCUCGUUUAAGGUAAAACACGUGGGCGUGGCUCCCAGGUGAUGACCGGACAGAAAUGCACCUGAGGAGCUUAACGUGACGGCAGACUGGAGAUGCUGGAGAGGUUUAACGAGGAAAAGGGAAUAACGAGGGAGCAGAGCAGCACCUGGUGGACUCUGUCAGGGAAUAAAGGGAAUAAAAGGGAAUUAAAGAGAAUAAAAGAGAAUAAAAGGGAAUAAAAGGGAAUUAAAGAGCGUAGCCUGCAGGUUCACUUCCACACAUCCUAACAGAAACCAGGAUUCAUCCAUAGAUUUCAUCCUCUGUUCUCUGCUGCUCCCAAACUCAGUGAGUCUAUGGCCCUUUCUGUAUGAUGAAGAUAAUGAUGAUGAUGAUGAUGAUGAAGCAAGCUUUUUCCAUGGAGACGUCACCUUUAAGGUUGCAUAUUUCAGCUUUAACAUCAUCCAUCCAUCAGUUCUGAGUUAAAUCCUCUUAACUGAGGCACAUGCAGUUACAGGUUGGGUCCAGCAGGGGGCAGAGUGGGCAGUAACCUGGACUUCCUGCUUUUUGGGCCUUUUCCCCACAGUUUUAGUUUUAAUGUCACAUUUCUAGCUCCACAUGUCUGUAAUUUUAGAUCAUAUAGUGGAGAAUAUCUUUUACACGUCAUUUUAAAACUUCGCCGGUCUGUGGAGUCGUUUUAUUUCACCAAGAGGUCAGAGAUUUCUAGCUUUGUCACGAGAAAGGGAAAAUAAACUUUAACUGUUUAUUAAAGUCAUUUAGUGUUAGGUGAAUGUAGCGUCCAGAUUUAUCAAUUUACCGUUCAUAAAAAUCGCCUUUUCAGAGUUUACUAUGUGCAGAAAGAUUUUCUUUGUUACAGUUUGGUGUUUAUAAUAUCUGCAAAAUGCUGUUUUUAGUCAAAAUAAACUUUAAAAUCAAUCAGA